CUGUUGUUUAUAAAUUUUUAUAUAGAAAAAUAAAAGGUACAAUUUAAUAAUUAUGACUCAAUUCGUUGAGUUAGACUUUCAAUUAGAAAAUGAAGUAUUAGAGUGGUCUGAAGAAUACAAUAUUGACAAUGAAGCAUUAUUUGCUUUGAUCAAAAUUCUGAAAUCACGAUGGCCAUCUCCAAAUUCAUUUAAUAAGAACUUGAAAACUGACCGGGUAGUUCAAUGUGACUAUUCUGAAAUAUUUUUGGAUACAGUUAACAGCAUUGGAAAUGGAAGUUUAAGAGAAUACCUUGAAGAUUUGAAGCAUAAUCAAAAAGCCAUUCUAAAUGAACUCAAAUUUAUUCGUAACGAAACGGAUUUUGAGAAUGAAAAUGGCUCUGUUACAUCGAAAAACGAUUUUACUGAAAAUGAAAAAUUACUACGCUUCCCAAUAGAAAGUUUGAAUCAUUUUCAAUCAUUAGAAGAGAUUUGUUCGAGAAAUGAAAAACUAUAUAAAAAAAUGAUAGAAAUUUUCCUAUCAAAUGAAAAAGUUGAACAUGGUAUAUCAAUUCAAGAAUUUUUAACUAUAAAUUUUAAGAUGAUUUUAGAAAAAAAACUAAUGUUAUAUUUAGCAAAAUUUUUUAUAAAUGUUUACCAGCUUGAAAGCUGCUCUAUAUUUAAAUGCUUGAAAGAUGCAUUUUUACAAAAAUUUCCAAAAGAAAAUGGAGAACAAAUAUUUAGUUCUAUACUAAUGUAUUUUAAAAAUCUUUUAAUUAAUGAAGAAGACUCAAUUUUAGCUACUGAGUCAAUAUCUGCCGAAGAAACUAAUGUCGAAGAACAUUUAUCAAUUGAUCUGGAAUUAAUAUCUCUAGAUUUGCCUUGCAAUACAAUUAAAGAUUUGUUCAAAUUUGAAGAGCAAUGCAAAGAGUUAAAUUUUGCAUUGAUAUCGCUUUUUAAAUCGGGUCCCAAAAAUGAUUGGAAAUCUCUAAUUUUUUUUGUAAUGAAAAAGGUUUUCGGGCAAAAUAUAAUCAGUGAAAUAGAAUGGGAAACCGCAAACGAUAACAAAGUUGAAGUUAAAUAUUUAAAUAUCAUAGAAGCUCUUGUCAAAUACGUGAUAGAAAAUUUUGAAGAAGUAACUUGUGAGGACGAUAUUGCAAAAAUCGUAACAGAGUGGAUAAAACUGGGAGAUACUUUGAAACAACAUGAAAAUAAGUUAAUGAAAAGAGCCUAUUAA